UCGCACCUCUCACGACCUCACCACCCUCCACCAAGCCAUUGACUCGCGUAACCACAUUCACGAUGCGCGCGACGAUCCGUCUUUUCGCCUCCGUGAAGCCCUCGAGGUAUCUCGAGGCCGGCGCACCAACCGGGCUCACGGGCCUCUUCACCCACCCUGCGCCGCGCUCCGCACUCAUCUACCUGUACUCGUCGACGCUCGAGAAGCUCAAGAAAUUCCCCGAGGAUUCGGUCUACCGCAAGUCAACAGAGGCGCUGACCAAGCAGCGCCUGCAGAUCGUCGAGUCCGUCGUGCCGGAGGGAUUCGCCGCGUGGCAGGAGAAGCUCCAGAAGCUCGUCAAGGAGAACCCGGAUGUUUUCACGACGCCAAAGGGAGCCGCUGCGUAUAUGGGCGGGAUGCACGUCAAGGAGACUAUGGGAGGAAAUGAGUUCGUGACCAGCACAGUCGGAAAGGUUUACGAUGAGCAGAACGAUGAGUGGGAUGGAGAGCAGGUCUACGAUGGCGAGUUAGAAGGCACACGGACGGAGGCGGAGAGAAAGUCACAGGCAGAUUUGGCUGAGGAGAGGCCACAGGAGGAGACGAAGCGUGUGGAGUUGGACGAUGAGCCAAGCUUGACUGCUGAACAGAUUGGAGAGAUUGAGGACAAAAUCGGAGCUGGCCUGAUCGAGGAGGUUAUCGAAGUUGCACAGGGAGAGCUGGAGCUCGUUGAUACGAUGGAGAAGAGCCAGGUAUGGGAAGAUCUCGUGGAGAAGCCAGUUGAGGGCCAAUGGGUGUACUUCGAACGCAAGUGAUUUAUACGAUCUAAAAGAUCAAAGCUGCUGUGAUGCAGCGGCAAUGUACAUUGCAAGACUGCGAUAUUGUACUGUACAUAUAGACUAGAGAAUCAACGAGUCAAACUGCACAUUA